AUGACAUACAAUUACUCUUACCUCGUUGGAUUCCCUGGCGCAUGGCUCAUGGUCAGUUACAACCGCCGUCUGAGCUGCUCCCACCGUGAAAGUAAUCGACCGACCAUUCCACUGACCCUGUUGGAUGAUCUGCAGCACAUGUUAGUUCUGGGAUGUUAUAUAGGACAGUGGAUCAUAUGUGGCUGACGACUCUUGCCCUCUUAAUCUCAUGGCUUGCUCUCUGCUUCAUGUAUCACUUCACUCCCCGCCAUGACGUAAUGUGUCCAUCCAUUCGCCGCCCCACAAUUAAUGCGAUCGCCCCGCCUUCCCCCACUCCUCUCGCCUUUCCCGCUCCGCUUUCACCAAAUCAUUCAGGUCCGCUCAUUGGUAUGCGGCUGCUUUGACCAAGCAGUCCAAGGACUUGAAGUUCUUCGACAACCGUUCGCCGCGAGCCUAUCUCGCCAAGGUCACCGCCCUUGAGAAGCAGACUCCUGAUCAGCAAAAGUACAUUCGCGGUGCGUUGUAUUGUUCAUCUUCGUGGUGAGGAUAAAUCGAAAUACUUACAUACGAUUUGAGUUCGGACGAAAUAGCUGAAGCCGCGAAUGCCAACGGUGUCGAGGCCAUCCCCCUGUUCGGCUUGGCGGUCAGUAGCAUCUGAAAUCCGUGACGGGUGGGUUCGUGGCUGACACCUUGCCCUCAAUUGUACAGAUCAUCGCGGGUAAUAUGGCCCGACUUCCUGCCGAGACGAUGAAUCGCUUCGUCUUCACCUGGUACGUUAGCUAUAGCCCCAAAGCGGCUCGAUCGGGAGGUCAGGCCACGGCCGCCGCUGAUGUGAAGAUUCGUCUCCUUCGUCCUGAAACUGCAGGCUCGGACUUCGCGCUUUGUACAACGUUCUAUAUAUUGGCACGAAUGGUCACAAGUUGUCAUUCCUGCGCAGUUUGACUUUCCUUGGUGGUAUUCUCAGCACUUUCAACAUCUUCAUCAAAGCUGGGCGGGUCUUGAACGGAGGCACCUGA